UCCUGCCUAUCACACUCUUUUUGACUUCUGACUUGUCAAAUCUUAACCAAACGUCAAAAGCACGUUCCAGGAUCGUGUUUUGAUCCCAGGGGGCCCCCAUAUUUAACAGACGAUGAUCGCAACUCCUCAAAGAUGAGAUUCUCAAUGUUGCGGUUUUUCAACGCAACAACCACCAAUUAUGUGUUCGGCCGUCUCCGCUCGGAAGCUCCCAUUUAUUGGGAAACUCUAAAAACCAUGAACAGGGAAGCAUUCCAUAAGAAAGUCGCUAGUUUGAACAGCUGGUACACGAAAUUCCUCGGUUUAGACGAAGUUAAACUAUAUCAAGAUCGAGUGGUUGCCUUACAAGAACGAUUACUUGAAACUCAAGAACAACGCCGUGAAAUUGGUAGAAGUCUUGCUGAAAUACGUAAAAAGUCAAAUCAACUACAGGAUGAAAUCCACAAAGUGAAGCGCCAGGACGAUAUUGAGAAGUUUUUGACUUUAAUGAAAGAAGAGACUGAAGUACUAAGGCAGGAGCAUGAGGUGUCAAGAUCGUUUCAAGAUUGUGAUCAAGCGGAAAGGGAGUUGUUUACGGCGUUUACAAACGCUGUAAGGGAUUCGCAUGAGAAACAGAGGGCGCAGUUAGAGUAUACGAAAUAUUUUGGGAUUAUUUUGAGUAUUGCAGGGAGUUUUUUGGCGUUUUGUUACACAACACUGAGGAAGGGUGAUUUGAAGAGAUUUAUUGAAGAGAGUUUGGAGAAAAAUAAUGGAUCAAAAGAACCCAUAACUACAACUGGUGAUAAUAACAUUAAUACAGAUUUGAUUAAUUUUGUUAAAAAUGAGACUGCACGACUGAGUGAUUUGAUUAAUUUUAAGCAAAAUGAAGUCAGUUUAUUAAUUGAAAGAGAAAAUGAAACCAAAAAGAAACAGUUUUUGUAUUAUAUAGGAGCUGGUGCGUUGCUUUUAGUCGUUUUUAAAGUGAUUUCCACAAAUUAAGUUUAUAAAUAUUUUAUGUAAAAUAGUAGACAUAAGUAAUAAAAUUAAAGCUCUAAA